AUGCGGGGCACCGAGAGCCCGACGCUCGAGCAUGCCCGAGGUUUACCCUGUGGUAUGGCUAGAACGGGAAGCCGAAGAAUGAACAAUAUACACGAGACUUAUCAACUGGACGAAAAUGAGAAUCUGAAGUACAACGACGUCAGCCAGAUACGGAAAUUUUACGCUGGGAAAUGCAUACUUCUUACGGGGUGCAUCGGUUUUCUGGGCAGCGUCAUUUUGGAGAAACUCCUGCGCACUUGUGUGGAAAUUGAUAAGAUCUACGUUAUGAUCAGGACGAAAAAGGGUGUGUCGAUAGAAGAACGGCUAAAGAAACGCUUCGAAAAUGUUCUGUUCCAUAAAUUGCACGAAUUGAAUCCAAACUUCAUGGAAAAAGUCGUACCGAUUAAUGGUGAUCUACAAAAAACCGAUUUGGGUCUCUCACCUGAAGACCGUCGAUGUUUAAUCGAGAAUGUUGAUAUAAUAAUUCAUAACGCGGCCGUAGUGUACUUUGAGGCAAGACCGUCCUAUCUUUUGCGGUCGAACGUGAUUGGCACGCAGAAGAUGCUCGAAUUAGCAGCGGAAUGCAAUCAUUUAAAGAUGUUCGUGUACGUUUCAACCGCGUACUCACAUCUUUACAACGAAGUGAUCGAAGAGAAAUUUUACCCACCACCGGCUGACAUAAAACUAGUCGAAGAUAUGAUACGAGCCGAUGAAGAGACGAAAUAUGGAAUUAGCAAGGAACAGAUAAAUGAUUUCGUAGGGAAAUGGACCAAUAUGUACACCUUCAGUAAAGCCAUCACCGAAAGCGUGGUCGAGGAUUUUGGCAGAACAGCAUCGUUCCCUUGCUUGGUCUUCAGACCUUCUAUCGAGCUAUCAGUGCAGUGUGGAAGGUAACGAAGAACUUAAGGGUUC